ACACUGACUUUUCCUCUCCUGAGCCGCCUCCCCCGAUCCAGCCAUGUCGUCCGCGCCGCCCGCCCAGCAAUCGAAGCCCUCCUACCACCGCCGCCAUCCCAACUCCGGCCCGAGGCAGCAGCAGCAGCAGCGCUACGUCCCCAAAUCCGCCGCCCCUCCCGCCCCUAAACCCUCGCCCCCGCCAUCGCUCACCACCGCCCUCCGAUCGUCGGCCGCCCCGUCCGCAUCUGGCGCCGAUGGGUUCGUGGCGUACCUGCCGCACGACGAGGCGGUCGCGGCCGGGCUCGGCGGCCUCGACGCCCAGGAGUCGCAGGCCGUCGUCGACCUCCUCAACGACGCGCUCGCGGCGCUCCUCCGUGCCAAGCCCCGCGAGUUCUGGCGCCAGGUGGCACAGGAUACCUCUCUGCAUGCAUUCCUAGAUAGUUACCUACAAUUCAGACACAGGUGGUAUGAUUUGCCACAUAGGAGCCCCAAAGGAACAGUUGCUGGCUUGGUUGUUGGGGAGCUUGAGCUUUGCCGUCGUGUCUUCAUGGUUCUCUACCGCAUAUCUUCAAACAAGGACCCUGGAACAGGUGUGGGUGAGUCCCUUAGCAUGAAGGAGCAUGCAGCCCUUUUACAGGAGAAAAGAUUGCUUGAUCUACCAAAGUUAUUGGAUAUAUGUGCUAUUUAUGGGCAUGACAAUGGGAAGUUGACAAGUUCACUGGUUAUAAAUGCUAUCACUGUGCAUCCCAAUGUUCUUGAUGACAUCAAUAUUGUACUUCGCCAGUUCCUGGACAUUUUUCACACGAUGCAGGAGAGGUGCAUGAAGUCAUUACAGGACCUCAGCUCACCUGAACCAAAUGACAGUGGAUAUACCCAGCUUCAGAAGGAUUUUUCGGAGGUGCUGGAUUUUGUAAAUGAUGCAAUUAUCUCUCUGGAUGCCUUUGUUGAUGCUUAUCAGCCUGCUGCUUUAUUAUUAUGUACUUCUUUUGAAGCAGGCGAUGGAGUUGAGGAAUUACUGAACACCCUUGCAAGAUUGCAUGAUUUUUUGUUACCAUCUUUGCUUCAGGGCUUCCAAGUUAUGUCCAGUUCCCAAAGCAAUGGAGAGACUUCAUCUGACAGUAUAGUUACUGAUAUAGUUCUUGGCAUAAGAAUGCUGUCAAAGAGAGCUGUUGUAUUUGGUUGGAGAUUAUUGGAGUUCUGCUAUUUAAAUGAUCAACUUAAGGAGCAUCAUAUCCAAACUUCUUCUACUAAGAUGUUUCCAGCUAAAGUCGAAGAUCCGAUGAUCAGGGGAGAGAUCAUAAUCCAAAAACUCAAGGAUAUCAACGCAGAAGCCACUUAUUCUUCUCAAGUGAAUCCUGGAAAGACAUUUCUUCAAGCCCUUCAAAAGGAUUUUCAAUUGAUAAGCCGGAUUGGUGAUAUUCGGAACAAAGAAUGGAUAUACAUGGAACAUGAGGAUUUCCAGUUCAUAUCACGUUUGUGUGGAUCCACUGUCACUUCUUGGAAUAGUGUCUCUGAUUUGCCAGUAUCUUCCCAUGGUGGUGAACUACAGCAGAAGGAUGAGGAAGCGGCUGUCAUUGAGUCUAAGAUUAGUCAGAUAAGGGACCUAUUGCCUCAUUGUGGGAAAGGGUUCCUUGCCGUUUGCUUGGAAGCCUACAACCAGAACCCUGAGGAAGUUAUCCAAAGGAUAUUAGACGGAACACUUCAUCAAGAUCUUCUAGCUUUAGAUACUUCCUUAGAAGAGAUGCCACAACAAAAACAUGCACCUAGUGUUGGGAAAGAUAAAGGAAAAGGCAUACUUGUGGAAAGUAUGCCCAAUAUUACAAAUAAACCCUAUACACUCGAAGCCCAAUCUUCUUCAGUUUCAUCAGCAUCCAAGGCCCCUACCUCGUCUGUAGCUUUAGUUUCAUCAUCAUCGAAGGCUCCUACCUCUUCUGUAUCAUCAGUUCCACAAGGUAGAUUUACAAGAAAGAGCAAUGACGAUUUGCCAGACUCUACAAUUCUAGACUCGCGAAAAGCUAAAGAUGCUGUUAAGUCAGCGGUUCUUGAAUCCCAGUAUGAAUAUGAGGAUGAGUAUGAUGACUCAUUCGAUGAUCUUGGCUUCAGCGUGGUAGAGUCAAGUUAUGAGGAAACUGACGGUGCCAAUGAUGUUGAGAGUUCCUCGAGUGGCCCGCGUUGGGCAUCACAGAAGAAGCCACAGUUUUAUGUUAAGGACGGGAAGAACUACAGCUACAAGGUUACUGGUUCAGUUGCGGUCUCAAAUGCUCGAGAAGCGGCAGUCUUGAACCAGACUCAAAAGGAUACAAUUCAUGGUCUUGGCCGUGGUGGAAAUGUACCUAUGGGAGUUCCCAACAGGCACCAACAUAGAGUUAUGGAGGAAGAGGAGGGUGGUCAUGCAGACGGCUUCAGCAGAGGGGGCUCAGUUCCCCAUGUUCAAGGCAGAAGAGGUGGCUGGGAUCAGAGCAACCCAUCGGAGGACAACAGGAAUGCUAGUGCCCCUCGAGGUGGCCGUGGAGGGAGAAGAGGGGGCAGGAACCAUAGCAACCUGGCAGAGGCAAACGAUGGCCAGCAAGGUUUUGGUCGUGGUGCAAGAAGGGAUAACCGGCCUGAAGUGAAUAACCACUCUGAUGGGCAGCAAGGUUUUGGCCGUGGUGCAAGAAGGGACAACCGUCCUGAAGUGAAUAACCACUCUGAUGGCCAGCAAGGUUUUGGUCAUGGUGCAAGAAGAGGUGCCAGGGAUGAGGACAACCGGCCAGAAGUGAACAACCACGCUGAUGGCCAUCAAGGUUUUGGUCGUGGUGCAAGAAGAGGGGCCAGGGAUGAGGACAACCGGCCAGAAGUUAACAACCGCCCUAAUGGCGAGCAAGGUUUUGGUCGUGGUGCACGAAGAGGGGGUAGGAUCCAUGAAGAUCCAGUGGAGGACAAUGAAGAUCAUAAUCCAGCACAAGGAUUCGCCCGAGGAGGACCAGGCCCUCGUGGAGGUGGUGGAAGGAGAGGCGGCGGCCGGAAUCAUAACCGGAGGGAUCAGGCGCUGAGGAAGCAUAUGCAGGGAAUGACAGGGCUUUAGCUCUUGCCACCAUAGCACCACCUUUUGAAGUGCAUCGGGAAAUGUAAAUGUGGCUAAGUUGGUGAGGGACAGAUGAUGGACAGAUGAUGUUCCCAAGCCAAGCUUGUGCUUGGUUGUUCCAGUUACAUUCAUACGACAAAACAACCCACAUAGAUUAUUGUUUGUUUUGUUAAAAAGUGACAAUGUAUGAAAUGAGAGAAUUCGUAAAGGUGAAUUGCCGUCAAGUAAUGUUCUCUACUCGUGCUUGGUCACGUCAGGAACAUGCUGCCGUUUUGGUAAUUCUAUGGCUUAUGAUUCAGUGCAAACAUGUGUAUCCUA